GAUGUACAUAUGUAUGUACGUACAUAUGUGCAUAGAUAAAUUAUUGAUAAUUUUGUUUAAUUUAAUUUGUAAUAAUUGAAAUUAGAAAAUUAAUUAAAAAAGUAAUAUAUAAUUUUUUUGUAUAAUCUUUCGCAUUUUAUCAAAGUAGUAUUUGUGCAAAAAAAAAAAUUAAAUAAAAUUAUUCGUCAUAAAAAUCGUUUAUAUCAUCGUACAAAAAAUAAUCACGCAUACAUAUGUAUGGCAUUAGUAUUUUUUGUUCAAAGUAUUUAGUAUUUCCCUUUAUGCUGACAGAUACGUAUUUCUGCCAGUGAGCGUUGUUAAAAGUUCUCAUUUCUGCUCAAUAGUAGGGAAUAAAUUAGAAAAUUGGAAACUCUCUGUUCAAGUGAUAAUUUAUCAAUGCUGAUUUAAUGCAUUCCUGUAUUUAGCAGCUGUUUAAGGGUGAACUGUGCGCAUCGUGUUUUUAUUUUGACUUUUAUUCUUCAUACGUAUAUUAUUAAUAAAUACCUCAUAUAAACAAAAUAUAACAAUGAAAGUUAAAAUGAUAAGUAGAAAUCCGGACCAAUAUGUCCGCGAAACCAAAUUACAGAAUCAUAGAAUGCCAAGGAAUUUCGAUCCUGAAUUGCAUCCCAUGGAAACGGCUCGAGAGUACGUUCGUGCGUUAAAUGCCACCAAGUUAGAACGUGUAUUUGCCAAACCCUUCGUAGGUAAUUUAAGUGGUCAUCGAGAUGGUGUUGCAUGCUUCGGAAAGCAUCCAAAGCAUCUUUCUACAUUUGUCACUGGUGCAUAUGAUGGCGAGAUUCGAAUUUGGGAUUUAGCGAAUCGUACUAGUAUACGAAAUUUUGUUGCUCAUGAUGGUUUCGUUCGAGGUAUUGUUUACUCGGUAAAUGGUGAUCGUUUUUUCACAGUUGGUGAUGACAAAACUAUUAAAGUAUGGAAGAAUGAUAUGCCGGAUGUGGAUGAAGAGGAAGAACCAGUAAAUACUAUUUUGUCACGAACAAUUCUUACCGGCAUUUCUCAUCAUAGAAAUGAGUCGAUUUAUGCAACAUGUGGAGAGGUCUGUGCUAUUUGGGAUGAAAAUCGGAAUGAUCCAUUAAAAACUCUUAAAUGGGGUGUAGACACAUUACAUUCAGUUGCAUUUAAUCAAGUUGAAACAUCCCUACUUUCGUGCUGCGCCAGCGAUAGAAGCAUUAUACUUUAUGACCAACGAGAAGCUCUGCCAUUGCGUAAAAUCGUUUUAACCAUGAAAAGCAAUAAACUUGCUUGGAACCCAAUGGAAGCAUUCAAUUUCACUGUUGCCAAUGAGGACUGCAACCUCUAUACGUUCGAUACACGCCAGCUUAAAAACCCUCUCAAAAUUCACUUUGAUCACGUAUCUGCAGUAACGGAUGUGGACUAUUCACCCACCGGCAAAGAAUUCGUUUCAGGAAGUUACGAUAAAACUAUACGUAUUUACAAUGUACAUCAUAGUCAUUCGAGGGAAAUUUACCAUACAAAACGUAUGCAGCAUGUGGUUUGCAUUGCUUGGUCCCUAGAUAAUCGUUAUAUAUUCUCCGGUUCUGAUGAAAUGAACAUACGCAUGUGGAAGUCAAAUGCGUCCGAGAAAUUGGGUGUGAUAAGACCACGCGAACGUGUCGCUUUCAACUAUCAAGAGAAAUUAAAAGAGAAAUUUGCCGCACACCCCCAAAUAAAGCGUAUUGCGCGUCAUCGCCAAGUGCCGAAACACGUGUUGAACGCACAACGCAAAAUGCGCGCUAUCAAGGACAAAGAAAAGGUGAAGGAGGCAAACGUUCGAAAGCACUCCAAACCCGGAAAAGUACCGUUUGUAUCAGAAAAGACAAAGCCGGUAUUGCGGGAAGAUGUUUAACGAUUUCUUAUAUGUUAUUUUCGGUUUUGACAUACAUAUAUGUAUAUCAUUCAUGUAAAAUAUAAAAAAAAUAUACACAUUUAUUUUAAAUGUA